AAUACGACAAUUUUAGAAAUAUUGUAGAAGUAGGUAAAGGAGGAUUUUCCGUAGUGUAUAAAACAUCAUACAAAAGACAAUAUGGAACGAAUGAAGAUAUUGCAAUCAAGAUAAUAAAAGAUUCGCAUAAAGAUAAACAACAUUUUUUAAACGAGGUAUUUUAUUUUUACGUGUAA